UUAAUAUUUUACCUGUAUUCCUACAUAUACCUAAAAGCAAGUAUUUCGACAUUAAUGAGUUCAAAAUUGUGUUUUAAAAAGUGCGUUGCUAUAGAGUGGUCCGGUUGCAAGAAUGCGAAACGAAAUGAAAAGUUUAGCUUCAAUAAAGUUAGAAGAAUGCACUGCGAUAAAGGUGGAAGAGCUUAUUAUAAUCGAUAUCUUGGACGCGGUGAAGGAACCGGACAACGACGAAAUUGACGGAGGCUCCUGUGAAACAAUACCGACGGCUGUCUCCGGAGAUACAACGGUUGUAGAACAAGCAUCUGCCGCCAUAGACGUCAGUAAUGAAGUACCAGAAGCGUCUCCUACUACUGACGAAAACAAUAGAGCUGAUGGUUUCAGCGACCAGCAGCCGAAGCAACACAGUUGCGAUAUUUGUGGCAAGGAAUUUCGGAGGAAAAAUAGUCUCACGAUGCACAGAAAAUCUCAUAGGGCCCCACAGUCAAUUGAGUGCGACAUAUGCGGAAGAAAUUUCGCCCAAAAACGCAGCCUCGUGUGCCACAAAUUGAGCCAUACCGGAGAAAAAAAGUUCAAAUGUGAAAUAUGCGACAAACAUUUCGCUCUGGAAAUAUACCUCAGAACGCACUUAAAGCAACACGACACCGAUCGCCCGCACAAAUGCUUGCUGUGCGGAAAAGGGUUCGCUCGUCGUGUUUUACUUGUGAGCCAUACUAAUUAUCGUCACAACGAUGAACGACGAUUCAAGUGUGAUACUUGCAGCAAAUCGUUCAAGACAUUAAACGCCCUAAACGUUCAUAGGAAAACACACAUCUUGCCUGCGGAUCGUCCGCUCAAGUGCUUGAUCUGCGGAAAAGGUUACACGAAAAAGCACAAGCUUGAAGUACAUAUGCGCAGCCACAGCAAGGAGCGACCAUUCAAAUGUGACAUUUGUGGCUCAGCAUUCACUACUGCUUGGAGUCGAAACUACCACAGGCAACGUCACGGGUACGUCGAUCCAAGACCUUUUAAGUGUGACAUAUGUGGAGCAGGGUUCAGCCAAAAAAGCGGUAUUAGUCGCCAUAUACAAAAGCAUUUAAAUACAGCAUACAUUAAAUGUUCUCAUUGCGGAAUGAAAUUUUCUACCAAAGAAAAGCUUGAAGUGCACAUGCAGCGCAUCGCUGGAGCUCAGCCAUUCGAGCAACCAUUCAAGUGUGAUAUUUGUGGCUCACUGUACACGACAACAAAAGAGUUGGACAUUCACAGCAGAGUGCAUAGAUCCAAGGAGCUACCGUUCGAGUGUGAUAUAUGUAACAAGAAAUUGAAGUCAGCCAAAGCACUUGAGGGCCACAAAGCCAUUCAUACUCGAGAAAAGAAAUUCCAGUGCGAUAUAUGUCAGAAAUAUUUUGCUCUGAAAUUUCAAAUAUCACUCCAUAUGAAAUAUCACUCAAAGGAUCGCCCGCACAAGUGUUCGAUCUGCGGUAAAGGGUUCCUUCGCCGGUGUAACGUAAAAGAACAUAUGCGUAGUCACAGCGAUGAACGACUGUACAACUGCGGCAUCUGUGGUUCGACGUACAAAACAACCGCCGCUUUGAACUAUCACAAGAAACUGCACACCUACGUCGAUCGAAAACCAUUUAAAUGUGACUUGUCGUCCGGAAUGCGAAACGAAAUGGAGGAAACAGUUUCAAUAAAGUUGGAAGAGUUGGAAGAAUCCACCGCGAUAAAGGUGGAAGAAUUUAUUAUAACUGAUAUUAGCUUUGAUGUGAAGAAUGAGCCACCAGCAGACGAAACAAAUGAACUUUUCUGUGAAACUACGCCGACGUUUGGAACCCCCGUAGACGGUACAACGGUUGUAAAACAAGAACCUGCAAUCGACAUCAUUGAUGAAGUGGCAGAAUCACCUCCUGCUGCAGUGUUUAACGAUCAUAUAAAAGCUGAAAGUUGCAGUGACGCGGAAAAUUUGGAGGAUAGGUGCAAUACUGCCAUUGCCCGUCGAUGUAGGGACACUUUAGCAGAAAACAGUUGCAAAAUUUGCGGUAAUCGCUACAGAUGUAGUAGUUCGCUCGGCACACAUAUGAAGAUGCACAUAAAGGAUUUGAGUAUAUGUAGCAUUUGCGGUAAACAAUUUUUCAAUAAUUACUCGUUGAAGCAACACCUAAAAACGCAUAAUCGCGAAAAGAAGAAAUGUAACAUUUGCGGAAAAUUGUACUUAAACGAUGGUUAUCUAGCGGCACACAUUGCCAUGCACUACAAACCACAGCAGCAUGUGUGUACAAUUUGUGACCAAGCGUAUGUCCAAAAAAGUAGUUUGAUGGCUCACAUGAAAGAACACACGAACGAGCGUUCAAUCACUUGUGGCAUAUGCAACCAAACGUUCGCCACGACCAGUAGUCUAGACAUUCACAUGCUGACCCAUACAAGGGUUAAGAAUUUUAAGUGUGAAAUAUGUGGAAAAAGGUUUUCCCAAAGCGGACAUUUACUGACGCACCAGAAAACGCAUAGCGUAGAGCGUCCGUACAAGUGCUCGGUUUGCGGGAACGAAUUUAAGUUUCGCGCAAAGCUUUCGGCACACAUGUCUCAGCACUCGGAGGACCGACCCUACAAGUGUGACGUUUGCGGGGCAUCCUUCAAGACUGCUGCUAUACGAAAUGUUCACACGAAGAAACACACGCGCCUUGAGAAAAAAUCGGUGGAAUGUGACAGAGAACGCUCGGUUUGGGGAAACAGAUUUAAGAUCCGCGUAAAGCUUAUGUCUGAGCACUCGGAGGAACUCGAGGAAAAACCGUUCGAAUGCGACACCUGCGGUGUACGGUAUCGGAGCGCUAGCGGACUUCGUGCCCACAAAAAGCGAGUUCCGCCGUGCGUAAAGAUAGGAUAAAUCUUACCUAUCAUGGUAUUCACUAGGUUGCGCUUACUCAUUCAAAUAUUUUGACCAAUGAAAUUGAUAAUUCAACUCUAUAAUUCAUCGA